GACAACAAGAAGCAGCCCGCCGGUGCAUCAGUGCCCGCCAGCAAAAAGGGCCCUCAUGGACUGGCCAAGCUAUCGCCGCAGGAGCAGAGACGACACAUUGUCGAGAGGUUCAUCACGCGGUGGAGAAAAGAGGUCGGCGAUGACUUUUAUCCAGCUUUGCGACUCAUUCUACCAGACAAGGAUCGUGAUCGCGGCGUCUAUGGGCUGAAAGAGAAUGCUAUAGGAAAGCUUCUGGUCAAGCUCAUGAAGAUUGACAAAAACUCCGAGGACGGUUACAAUCUCCUGCACUGGAAGCUGCCGGGUCAAACAACGGGGGCACGUCUGGCUGGCGAUUUUGCCGGCAGAUGCUUCGAGGUCAUCUCGAAACGGCCAAUGCGCGUCCAGGCGGGCGACAUGACCAUUGCAGAGGUCAAUCACCAGUUGGACAAGCUGGCUGCCUCGAGCGGAGAAGCUGAGAACCUUCGCAUCUUUGAGACUUUCUACAAUCGCAUGAACGCAGAAGAGCUUAUGUGGCUCAUUCGCAUCAUUUUGAAGCAGAUGAAGGUGGGUGCGACCGAAAAGACGUUUCUCUAUCUGUGGCAUCCCGAUGGCGAGACUCUCUUUAGCGUGUCCUCAAGUCUCAAGCGCGUGUGCUGGGAGCUCUACGAUCCCGAGUUCAGACUUGAGCAAGAUGAGGCCGGUAUUGCAUUGAUGCAGUGCCUUCAGCCACAGCUAGCCCAGUUCCAAAUGCCAGCCUCGUUCCAAAAGAUGAUUGAACUUUUGCGACCGACGGAAGAUGACGCCGAGUUUUGGAUAGAGGAAAAGUUGGACGGCGAGCGCAUGCAGAUGCACAUGAUGGAGGACCCCAGUCAUCCAGGGGGCCGGAGAUUUUGCUUUUGGUCAAGAAAGGCCAAGGACUAUACCUAUUUAUACGGCAAUGGGCUACUAGAUGAAAAUUCUAGUUUGACGAGACAUUUAAAAAAUGCUUUUGCGCCUGGCGUGCGAAACCUGAUUUUGGAUGGCGAGAUGAUUACCUGGGACAUGGGAGUUGACAAGAUUGUUCCCUUUGGCACUCUGAAGACGGCAGCUAUCGCAGAACAAAACAACAAGUCUGAUUCGAACACAGCCGGCCACCGCCCCUUAUUUCGAGUGUUUGACAUACUGUACCUGAACGACAAACAGUUGACCCAGUAUACCCUGCGUGAUCGCCGGAAUGCUCUGGACAAGGCAGUCAAGUCGGUUUAUCGACGACUGGAAGUUCACGAAUACACAAAGGCCACAUCGGCCGAUGCUAUUGAGCCACUAUUGAGAGACGUGGUCGCCAACGCAUCAGAAGGCCUUGUCCUGAAGAACCCACGAUCCAUGUAUCGCCUAAACAGUCGCAACGACGAUUGGCUCAAGGUGAAACCAGAGUACAUGUCAGAAUUCGGCGAGUCACUCGACUGUGUCAUUAUUGGUGGCUACUAUGGCUCGGGAAAAAGAGGAGGCAUGUUGUCAAGUUUCCUGUGCGGUCUCCGCGUCACUCAGAACCACAUUCAAGCCGGUGCCAACCCGGAAAAGUGCUUCAGCUUCUUUAAAGUCGGCGGCGGCUUUCGCACAGAGGAUUAUGCAGAGAUUCGGCAUCGCACCGACGGCAAAUGGAUGGAAUGGGACCCCAAAAACCCGCCAUCAGAGUACAUUGAGCUGGGAGGCGGCGAAGCCAAGCAGUUUGAACGACCCGACAUGUGGAUUCGACCAAAGGACUCUGUUGUAGUCUCUGUCAAAGCCGCCAGCGUGGGCCCUUCAGAUCAAUUCGCUCGCGGCUUUACAUUGCGAUUCCCUCGGUUUCGACGGCUAAGGCUUGACCGCAGCUGGGACACGGCACUGUCCUUAGAGGAGUUUCAAGAGCUCAAACAGCGAGUGGAAACCGAGAUAAAGGCGAUAGAGAUGACGGUUGAAGAUCGCAGAAGACGAAAUCCAAAGCGAGUCAAAAAGGAGCUUGUCAUUGCGGGCGAUGAUGCGGCACCUCCUCAAUACGAAGGCGACAAGUCAAAGCUGUUUGAAGGCCUCGAAUUUUGCGUGCUCUCCGAGUCGCUUAAACCAUAUAAGAAGACAAAAACACAGCUUGAAUCUAUCAUCAAGGAAAACGGAGGCUCCAUCUCACAGAGAGCCGCCGCAGGCACAAAAAUGAUUCUCAUCGGCGACAAGAAAGUGGUCAAAGCCGCUAGCUUAAUCAAAGACGGCGACGUAGACAUUAUCCGGCCCAGAUGGAUCAAAGACUGUCUGGAGCAGCCCAACGGAGGCUUCCUGCUUCCGUACGAGGAAGGCCACCUGUUUCAUGCGACAGACGCCUUGCUUGAUGUCGCGGCGCAAAAUACAGAUCAGUUUGGCGACAGCUACGCACGAGAUGUGGGCGUUGAUGAACUACGAGAGCUGCUGCGCGACAUGCCGAAGCUCGAGAGGAUGGAGUCGUUUGACAAGGUUCUGUUUUUAGAACAGCUGGAACAACACGGCAAAGAUGUCACCACGCUACGAAGCUUCAUGUUCUCACGCUGCAGAGUGCUCUUCUAUCUCGCCGAUGACGCAAAGGAGAAUACCAAGGAUAAGUGGGAGCGAUACAUCCAAUAUGCGGGCGGAUCGUGCAGCCAGGAUCUGGACGACGAAUCGGUGACGCAUAUCGUGGUGUUGGGAGACGAUGCCAUGGAGAUUGGGGAUGUAAGCGACAAGUUGCGCUCGAGGCUGAGUUCGCGGCGGAAGAUACCGCGGUUGGUGAGCGAGCAGUGGGUGGAGGAGAGUUGGAGGGAGAGGACGCUGCUGGAUGAGGAGCGGUAUGUUGUCUGAGUGGAAUGUGAUUUUCUCCAGCAUCACGUAAUGAGAUUAUGAGGCUUCUUUUUUUUUCACCUUGGAUGGACUCUGGUAUUCUCAGCCCCUUCUUAAGAAAUAGCAUUUAUGCGAGUAAU